AUGUUGGACCAAAUGGCAAACGAAAUCAAGCUGCUGUCGGGCACGUCUCACCCGGAUCUCAGCGCGCAGGUCGCCAGUCGGCUCGGCAUUGAAGUCGCAAACACCCUGAGUCUUCACUACUCCAACCAGGAGACCAGCGUCUCCAUUGGCGAGUCCGUCCGUGACGAGGAUGUUUUCAUCCUGCAGUCCACGGCCCCCGGCGAUGUCAACGAUGGCCUCAUGGAGCUCCUCAUCAUGAUCCACGCCUGCCGCACCGCCUCGGCUCGUCGCAUCACGGCUGUGAUCCCCAACUUUCCCUAUGCCCGACAAGACAAGAAGGACAAGUCGCGCGCACCCAUUAGCGCCAAGCUCAUUGCCAACAUGCUCCAGGUGUCUGGCUGCAACCACGUUAUCACCAUGGACCUCCAUGCGUCGCAAAUCCAGGGCUUCUUCAACGUCCCUGUCGACAACCUCUAUGCGGAGCCCUCCGUGUUGCGCUGGAUCCGCGAGAACCUCGACUCGCAGAACUGCGUCAUCGUCUCGCCUGACGCCGGUGGUGCCAAGCGCGCAACCUCCAUCGCUGAUCGUCUAGAGACUGCCUUUGCUCUCAUCCACAAAGAGCGCCCCCGUCCCAACGAGGUAGGCCGCAUGGUCCUUGUCGGUGAUGUCCAGGACAAGGUGGCCAUAUUGGUGGACGACAUGGCCGACACGUGUGGUACCCUGGCCAAGGCCGCGCAGACAGUCAGCGACCACGGCGCCAGGGAAGUUUGGGCGAUCGUCACGCACGGUAUUCUCAGUGGUAAGGCCAUUGACACUAUCAAUGCUUCCGUUCUGUCCGGGUUGGUUGUAACCAACACUGUUCCUCUUGGUGACAAGACGGAGCGAUGCCCGAAACUCAAGGUGAUGGAUGUCUCCGGGACGCUAGCCGAGGCCAUUCGCCGCACACACAACGGCGAGUCUGUGUCGUACCUCUUUACCAAUGUCCCUCACUAG